AUGGCCGCCGCUGCUGCCCACGAGACAGAAACUACAGAGCAUGAAGACGGACCACGCGCUCCAACCCCGACGUCUCCGUACCUACCCCAAGGUACUGCAUGUGGAGCGGCAAGCGGGAGUCAAGACGAGGUAAUACUCAUCCCCUCUGAUUCGGAGUCGGAGUCGGAUAGUGAAGCAGACGAAGACGUUCCGUCUCUCAAGGCUAUGACUGCGCUCAUUGACAAGGAGACUGCGGCACAGCCUCACAGCACCUCGCCAGCAUCGACGAUGACAACUGUGCCUAAUACACCGCGAGCCGUUGAAUCAGGUCUUGAAGUGGAUGACGACAUGAAUGGGGCUCUACAACACUCAACUCCUCCUGUAUCUCUCACCACCUCGGUUUCCCCAAGGCAAGAGCCCGGGGAUGGGUCAAAAUCCAGUCGCUGCUCACCGAGUCUAUCCGCCGCCGAGGUAGCUGAGCGGGAUCUUGGGCAGGUAGAGGACGCAAAUGAGUCAGUGUCGAGUCAUUGUGACCACCAUGAAGCGGAUGACCGUGCCGAGCUGCUACGGCAGACUCAGCCACAUGAGAGUGCCAGCCAGAACGUUCUAGCCUCUGACGCCGACGGCCACACCACCGAUGUUGGCGACUGCAACAGCUCCCGCGAUGCCGACAGUGACAGCAGCGGCGACAGCUCCGGCGGUAGUAACGGCGACGGCGACGGUGACGACGAUGAGUAUGACGAUGACGGAAGCUCUCGCGAUACCGACGAGGAUGACCGGCACAGCAAAAAACGUGGGACGAGGCGCUCGCCUUUCGUGAGCAGUUCUGACCAUGGUCAUGCUGACGGCCCUCCCAAUGACCAUACAGAGGAGAACCCUCCUAGGCCGCACAAACGCCAGAAAGUCGCUCAUGAUAGAGCAGACAUUACGCCUGUCCGUCGCCAGAACUCUAUGACUCGCUCUGCAGGACGCCUGCCGCAAUCGCCUGAACGGCCGCAGACCGCCAGCAUGCUUAGCCCACCGGCCUCUCAUAGCCUCUCCGAAUCUGAGAGUGAUGAGGGUUCGGAUUGCAGCAACGCUUCCAACGAGCGCAGGGGCAUUCUUGCAGCCGGCGGCGAGAGCCACGACCGCACGGACGAGUCAAGAGCAACAAAGGAGGAGGUCGAAACCCAAGGGAUGAGACGAAAGGCCGGCGAUGUGGCUUUGCAACCAAUGGAGUCCCUAGAAGUAGGCCCAGGAUGCCCUAAUAUGGGCUUGAAUGUGGUGGCAUGGGCUUUUGGAAUGGAUGCAAGCGAUGAAGCCCCCGAGACUCCCCAGACGACGCAGGAUCAGGUGGCACCUGAUCAUCCCUCCCAACGCAUAAACACCACGACGCGUUCUGCUGUGCUUCUUAGAUACUACGAUCAUAAGGCAUAUGUCAUGUCAUGGACCUCCAUGCCUGCCAACCAAUCAUACGGGACAACAGUGGGAAUAGGAAGGCUUUUCAGUGGGCUGAAUAAGGCAUUCUUUGACCGAUUUGUCCGCGAGGCUAAGGUGCAAGACGACGGCGAGGCGGGCCUUUUCGGGCUUUGGAAAGCCAUCCCCCGACCUGUGGACCCGGAGGGCAAGUGCGAGCCAUUUAAAGUCCUCGUGAUAAGAUGCAAACGGGCACUGUGCAACGGACAGGUCUCGAGUCUUUCGACAAUGCGCCAGUGA